AUGUUUCAUUUACGAGGAAUACGACAUAGUAUACGUUCAUACUCAGCAAUCAUAUUAAUAUUAAUAACAAUCUCAUCAUCUUUAUUUUCAUUACAUUUAUAUCGUAAAAGUAAUCAUCGACAAGAAUUAAUUCACAAUAUUCCAUCAUCAAUUGCUGUACAGCCAAAAAUAUUAUCUUCUUCGAGUAUUACAACAGUAGAAAAAACAACUCAUACAGAUCCAUUAAAACCAACAGCUUCAUCUGUAAUAGAUCAAAAACCAUCAACUAAUAUUGAAAGAAAUUCCUUUACUAAAUAUUCAAGUGAUGAACAUCUACUUUCACUUCUUCAACAAUAUUCAAAUGUAUUAAAACAAGUUAUUAUAACUAUAAUUGGUGGUGAUAGUUAUUCUUUAUUUGCUUGGGAUUGGUAUGAACGUAUGCAUGAAAUAUCGAAUGAUACGAAUAAAUGUCAUUGUUUUAUUAUUGCUAUGGAUGAAAUAGCUGUUGUUUUAGCAACAAAACAAGGUGUACCCGUAUAUUAUUCAACAUUUACAUUUGAACAACAAUUAAAAUGGAUAAAUUCAAUUGAAGCUCGACAACAUUCACUUUAUCGUGUUGGUCAUGCAAAAUUUAAUACAGCAGCUAAAAUUGUUCAAAUGGGUUAUUCAGUAUUUCUUAGCGAAAUGGAUGUCUUUUGGAGAGCAAAUCCACUUGCCAAUUUAAAAGAACCAAUGGAUAUUUAUGAUCUACAAAUAAGUGAUCAUUUUGGUUCUCAUCCAAGAGUUAAUAUUGGUUUAUUUUUUGUUCGAUCGACUACUGCAUCCAUAGAAUUUUUUUCCUAUGUUGCGGAAUUUUGGUUAAGUUAUGGUAAAGGUGCUUAUUUAUCCGAUCAACGUGUACUUGAUGGUUUACUUAAAAAUUACGAUCGUCUUGAUAAAACUUAUUUGAAAGCAGUAAAACCUACUCCAUCAUUAAAUUGGACAACUCAUGUAUUUGGAAAUCAUUUUUCACAUUUAAUGACUGAUGGUAGUGCUUUUAUAUUAUUUAAUCAAGCAGCAAAACUUGGAAUACGAUCAAAAAAAUAUCAUGGUGAUGUAAAUGCAAAAUAUUUCACAGUUACAAUAUCAAACACAAAUAUGGCAAUUAGUUAUCGAAAUCUUCUUAUUCGUGCUUUACUUAUUUUACAACAUACAUAUCUUAAAAAUCGAACACUCAUUUUACCUGCUUUUGCAUCCAAUUUAACUACUACUACAAUUUUUUCUCAAUUUGAUGUGAAAAAAUUUCUACUUUAUUGGUCAGAUGAACGUAUUCGUUUACCCAAUUUUCUUCUUCAUGAAAAGACUCGUUCUAUACCCGUAACAAAUACUUCAUUUUCAUUAAAUAAAACAUAUGAAGAUAUUAAUGGAAUAUUAAAUUUUGCUGUAGAAUCAAUACCAACUAAUUUACCAGCACCUUCAUCACAAUUUGAAAUAUUUGUUAGAGAUUCUCUUCUAUGGUGUUCACCACCAAUCGAUGGAGGUACAGGAUGGUGUAUUCAUCAUCCAAAAGAUUUCGGUGCAACAAUGGAAUUAUUAUUUGCUUGUCGAGGUGAUCCAUAUCCACCAUGUGCAAAUAAAACAGAAAAGAAUGAACAAUUUCUUUAUAGACCAUUUGAAUAG